GAAGUGGGUGGGGCGGGAAACUGUAAACACCAACUGUGCUCUUCAGCUUACCUUCUGACUUGAUUUAUGAGAUAGCUCAGCUAGCAAGUCAAUAUAUCAGAAGGUCUACAAAAAUGUUCCGUUAGCGCAUAAAAACUGGAAACGCAAAAUGCGAUGCUACCUUCAUGCAUUUCUCCUGUGCAUGGUCUUCACCUUUUUUUCACUGUUGUAUGUGUUCAAUCAGCUAGCCUCCACCUUGGAGGACCGAGACGAGUGGAACCUUAGAGAACAGAAGGUAUCCGACAGAAGUAGUCAUGACACCGGGAACCUUCUCAGGAAAAUGCCCGGACUGGCAGGCCGUCGAGACCGUGAAGAAGGGCUUGACAGGUGUAAAUCACUGUCAGUCUCUUACUGGAAUCCAUAUUGGAGACUGCCUGCUGAUGUUUGUGGAGUGAACUGCUUAUUGGAAUCAUCUUUUAGAGAGAGGUCAGGCUCUGCAGUCAAGGAACGUAGUGAUGAGGGGAGUCACCUGGCUGUGGUGGCUUGUGGCCCCAGGCUAGAGGAGACUCUCACCAUGUUGAAGUCUGCUGUUCUGUUCAGCAAAAAGCCUCUGAACUUUUACAUCUUUGCAGAGGAUGAUCUACAUGACAGCUUCAGAAAUUCUCUGUACUCCUGGCCAAGGACGGUCCAGAGCAAGUUUAACUUUACCAUCUACCCCAUCACUUUUCCCAGGGAGAAUGCAAAAGAGUGGAAGAAGCUCUUCAAACCUUGUGCCUCUCAGAGGCUCUUCCUGCCACUGAUCCUAAAGGAGGUGGAUUCUUUACUCUACGUGGACACAGAUAUCCUUUUUCUGCAGCCAGUAGAGGACAUCUGGGCCCUCCUUACUCAGUUCAAUGCGAGCCACUUAGCUGCCAUGGCUCCAGAGCAUGAGGAGCCACGUAUCGGCUGGUAUAAUCGUUUUGCCCGCCACCCUUACUAUGGCAAGACUGGCAUCAACUCAGGGGUCAUGCUCAUGAACAUGACGCGCCUCAGGGAGAAAUUCUUUAAGAAUGACAUGACAACAGUUGCACUUAAGUGGGAGGAAAUUCUGAUGCCCCUUCUACAGAAGUAUAAACUCAAUAUCACCUGGGGGGACCAGGACCUUCUUAAUAUCAUAUUUCACCAAAACCCAGAGAGCCUAUAUGUGUUCCCUUGCCAGUGGAACUACCGUCCAGACCACUGUAUUUAUGGCAGCAACUGUCACCAGGCUGACCAAGAAGGUGUCUUCAUUCUCCAUGGAAACAGGGGAGUUUACCACGAUGACAAGCAGCCAGCAUUUCGAUCUGUCUACGAAGCCAUCCAGAAGUACCCGUUUGGCGAGAACAUGGAGACCUCACUGCUUCAGCCACUGGAGGCAUUGCUGCGGACCACCACACAUACCUACUGUGGAAGGGCCAGCCACCUGUUUACAAAGAGGUUAAAGCAGAGCAUCAUGUCGGCUCAACAGGAUGUCACAUAGAGAGGAUGAUCAGACGCCACUGUAUUACAUUUCCAUGAUUAUUAUCUAAUGCCUCUCUGGAAAAAGAGGCUUUGAUUCAAGACACUCCACAAACGGACUAUGUUCAUCUGUUUACAGCCGCAUAUCAAGACUGUGUGGAAAUGGGGAAGGAUUUCAUUUUCUUAUUUUUUUUCAAAUGAAGCCAAUGUUGGUACAUAUCUGUCCAAGGAACACACAAAUGCUGUGUCACCAUGGUGGAAAAUGCAUUGAGUCCACUUUACCCUGCAGAGAUUUUUAAUUUUAUAGCUUAUAAGCAGGAUACUCGCUGUAUUCCAGACAAUCAGGUUGCAAUGUUUGUUGUUUUCUAGAGAGAACCUACAAUCACUUUAUAUAGUUGUCCAAGGUCUUCAGGAAAGCAAAAAAAAUCAGCAGGGUCCUAAAAUGCGCUAUUCUUAUCAAGAGUAUUUUAUUAGAGUUGUUUUAAUAUAAUUUUACAUACAUACAGGCUUUGUCUUGGUGUUUUUGUCACUGCAGUAUAUCAUGAAAAAGGGUUGUUUAUAAGGUACUUGUUAGCUAAACAAGAAUGUUCCUCUUUUUUUUUAUUUAACAUGACAAGUGCUCAUUAAGAAUACUUUGAACUUAUUAAAUAUCAAAAUAUCAGUAUUUAUUAUAGAUGGACAUCUGUGACAGGAAGCACUUUUGAUGUCUACCGUUACCAUGACUAAUGUUUUCAUAUUCUGGUAAGAGUGUUUUCAGACAGUUGUUUAAUGUACAGUGAAGUAGUUUUAUAGUCAUUUCAUUCACAAUGUUACCACUAUGAACAGGUUUUCCUAUAACUGGAACAAUUUUAUAUAGAGCCUUUAUUUUCCACUCAAGCUAGCUAGUGUCAAGACAUUUACUUCCAGACAGAUUAAGCAAAAAUUUGCACUAUUGAUUUAUAAAAACAAGGAUUGUAAUAAUCUAAAAUCAUAUGUGAGAUUCAUGUUUUACAAAGAAGCCAGCAUAAGCAUUCAAAUGUAUAUCAAGUGAACUAUAAACAAAUAUUUUGUAAACAUUUUCAGAUGAUUAAAGCAUUUCUAAUGGA